UGCCGCAGCAAAACCCAGCAAAGCGAUACGAAUUGAAGAAUGUUUGAGAGCGCGAAAGGGAGAGCGCGGGAAUUGUGAGCACGAAUGCGUGAUCGGUUGCGCGGCAGAGGACGGGGGCUGUUGUGGCAUUGAUAACGGGCUCCGAACGCGACCACCUGACCUCCCACCUGAGAACGGCAUCGCGGACGAUGUGUUCCGAUGUGUGGUUGGGUACCCAACUAUUAUUUGGCCAGUCAUUCGCCACAGCUCUCAAUGGACGCACGCCAGAGGCUUCCGCGCGGCAUAUGUGAUCGCCUUGGAGCAUUGUCAUCGUGCACCAUACCCCAAUGAGGCUCUCCACUCCGUGUGGAACUGAUUGCCUCGCGCCAGACAUUUGUUGGGAAUUUUCCUGGCCCGGAAUCAUCAACUGCUGUUGCUGCUAAGUUGUGCUUUUUCGUCACAUCUGUGAAGAAAACUGGCAGUGUGCGCAUUUUGGUGUUGUUUAGUUGUGUUUAAUAGCUUGUAUUAGUGCGCCAAGUAUUUAGGAGAAUCGCGCACGGUGUUAGGUGGAAAAGUUAAAGAAAGAAUAAAAAAUGGAUAGAAGUGCGCGGCAGCGUUCGGGCAGGGCAACCGCGGAGUCACCCACCAAGAAAAAUGGCCAUAAAUUUCGUCAUGAUUUUUCGGAAACAAGAACAACCACAGAUGAGGAGGAGGAGGAGCAACUUCCGGGAGCAACAACGAUCCACAACACCAAAGACGUCCCUCAGGGCUCUGACCGGGUGCCCGAAAUGCUGAAACAUCUCCUCAUACGGCUUCCACAGAGAUGGCGAAAUGCCCUUGUCCGUUCCAUCUUUGGCUUCGUCAUGAUCUCACUCUUCUCCCUCAUUAUCUAUCUAGGACCAAUAGGACUCAUUGUCUUGAUUCUCACCAUUCAAGUAAAAUGCUUCCAGGAGAUCAUCUCAAUUGGGCAUUCAGUGUACCGAAUCCAUGGGCUUCCGUGGUUCCGUAGCCUUUCGUGGUACUUCCUCCUGACGACGAAUUACUUCUUCUACGGCGAGAAUGUGAUUGACUUCUUUGGGGCACUUGUGGAUAAAGUGGAGUACCUCCACUUCUUAGUCAAAUACCACAGAUUCCUCUCGUUCAGCCUCUACUGCGUGGGCUUUAUGUGGUUCGUGUUGUCGCUCGUGAAGAAGUACUACCUGAAGCAAUUUUCUCUCUUUGCCUGGACGCACGUGGCUCUGCUCAUUGUUGUCACGCAGAGCUACCUCAUCAUCCAGAAUGUCUUCCAGGGUCUUAUUUGGUUCCUCACACCCGUCUCAAUGAUCAUCUGCAACGAUCUUAUGGCUUACUUCUUUGGCUUCUUCUUCGGACGAACACCGUUGAUUAAGUUGAGCCCAAAGAAGACAUGGGAGGGCUUCAUUGGCGGUGGGAUUGCGACAAUUUUCUUCGGAGCUGCUCUCUCGUGGUGCCUCUGCCACUCGAGCUACUUCACGUGCCCCGUGGAGUACGAUGAGGCACUCGGGAGGAUCGUUGUGACCACCUGCAAGCCCAGCUAUCUCUUCAGGCAGCAGGAAAUUGAGGUAUUCGGCUGGCAUUUAACCAUCUUCCCCUUUAUGAUUCAUGCCCUGUGGCUGAGUCUCUUCAGCGCUGUGAUUGGUCCCUUUGGGGGCUUCUUCGCGUCCGGCUUUAAGCGUGCAUUCAAAAUUAAGGACUUUGGGGACGUCAUUCCCGGCCAUGGGGGCAUUAUGGAUCGUUUUGAUUGCCAAUUCCUCAUGGCAACGUUCGUCAAUGUCUACAUUUCCAGCUUCAUCCGAGUGGCAUCCCCGGCAAAGCUCCUCGCCCAGGUCUUUACCCUCAAACCCGACCAACAGUUGCAAUUUUACAAUUCACUCAGAGAUCACCUCCAGGACCUUGGAGUUCUCUGAGGGGGAAUUUUCUUUUCCUUGUGGGUAUUAAAAAUACGUUACGGCGAUUUCAAAAAUUGAACUUGUUGAUUUUUAUACCGUAAUUAAUUGUGUGUGCAAUGAUGUAAUUAAUUUAGCACAAAAGGCAAUAAUUCCGCCAAAUUUCCAAAACAUUAUUUUAAAUUAAAGAAAAAGAAAUCUUAAAAGACGGAGGAGGAAAACAUUUAUAAUGUUAAUUAUAUCAAAGAAUUGGAAUUUUCGUGCAUUUGGUAGAUUUUAGAAUUAUAUUUCAUUUUAGUCAAUACGAAUGUGUGGCAAUGGAUUAUCGGGCAGUGAUAGUUACAAUGCUAAAUAUGCUGUGAAUUCAUAUAAGAAAAGCACAAAAACAACACAAAUGGUUCAGGUGAUUUAGCCGAGAAUUUAUUUGUUUUUUUUUUUUUAAGGAAAAAGGAUAUUUUCAGAAAAAUCAAUCAAUCCCACAGAAAACGUAUGAAGAUGUAUCGUAAAAAUAAAAGGAGAAUUAAUGUGAAAGUUAACGAUAAAUAAUACGUGUAAAAAAUGUAUGAAUGACAUGUAAAAUAAUUUGUAAAAUAUAUUUUUAUGCUAAAAA